GUUUACAGUGCGCUGGACUUUUACAGAGUUCAGUGUUGUGCGCUCUCGGUGCGUCACACGCUCAAACCCUCCACUGGAAGCGCACGACUCGAGACUCCUCUACAUGCGAAUACAACCAAGACUCCUGCGCCUUCUCUCCGAUCUCAGCGGGCUUCGUUUCCUCUGCAGGGCUGCUUGAUUUCGCUUCUACUUGUGGCUGCUGCACCGUAGGACUGAAAUGGAUGUCAUCCCUAUGUGUAGCAUCUUCCAGGAGCUCCAGAUCGUGCACGACACCGGAUACUUUUCAGCGUUACCGUCUCUGGAGGAGUACUGGCAGCAGGUAAAGAGAGUUUCUUCUUCUCCUCCUCCGUCUGAGUGAAGGCGCAGUUUGACAGAUCGUGCGCCGUGCGGGGACGAGUGCGGGGAAUGUGGGGAAUUUGAGGGGAAACUUGCGCCGCGGUGACAGCGCGAGGGGAGACGUGCAAAUGUCAGAGUUGUUUACGUAACUCCGGGUUUGAUUUGGUGCAAAAGUUACAAAUCGCCUCUUUAAAAGGGGAAGUGAUGCAAGUUCCCUGAAUGACAGAUCUGUUUCCAUUUAUUCCACUUUGAAUGAAGCGACUUUUAAACUCUCCAAAUUCAACUUUUCCUCCUUUUUCUUCACAUUUUAAAACAGAUUUUUUUGUCUCCUAACCCUCCGAAUCCUCAUUUCUCUGUUUCUCUUUCUCACAACGAAUGAAGAGCUGUCAGUUUCCUGUCACUAAAACACCUCUGCGGAUAUUUUCAGCUCAUGAAAGCAGAUCGUAUCGGUGACAAAAUAAAAACACGCUCAGCUGCAGAUUUAGCAACUGAAUGGCGAGAGAGCCGUGCGUCUUUUACGCGUAUCUCUCUCUCUCUCUCUCUCCCCCUCCCCUCCUCUCUUUCUCUCUACCUCUGUGUGUGUGUGUGUGUGUCUCUCUCGCUCUGUCACACAAACACACACACACACACAGAUGAGAGAGUGACAGACCGAUAAAGAGAGAGGGAGGGGGGACGAGAAACAGAGAGAAAGAAAGAGAGAGAGAGAGAGACUGAUUUCUAUUCCAAUUUGGCUCGACAAAGCGGCCCCCUGGAUGCCAGAACAGAGGAGUUUUAUACUGGAAACGAGGGGAGGGCGAAAGGGUUAGGAGAUGAAAUGAAUUGGCAACACGCUUCACUCUUCUUCUUCUUCUUCUGUCUCUCUCUCUUUCUCUCUUUCUCUUUCUCUCUCUCGUCUAUUAGAUCUCUUCAGGCUCAGGGCCAAGUCGCCCUCCCAGGCAUUUAAAGCUCGCCUGGGAUUUCUCCAGCACUGCUGACGAGAACCAUUUGUCUUGACUGCGGUAUCUCUCAUUACCAAAUUACUACGAUGUUCCCACAGUUUGUCCGUUUGACAUGAAAAACUCUGUUUCUGGAGGCUCUGAGGACUGUUUUGAUUCCUCUCCUCUCGCUUUAUCACCUGGUUUCUCUGCGAACUCUGACUCUGGAGUCUCAGACAGUCUCAUUUGAAUAUUUCCAGCUGCUCCAGGAACUCAAACUCCUAAUAAGCUUUAAGAUUUUUCUCCCCCUCUUACCUAACUUGUUAAUCAUCCUCGCAGAUUUAGCGUCUGACCCAGAGACGGGGGGCCAUAAGUAGUCCACCCACUUCUAUGAAAGUACCGUUUGGCGUUUAAUUGUGAUCUGCUGUCGUAUCUGCUCUCUGUUCAGGAGGAAAUAAGCCCACAAUCCGCUGCGGCUCUUGCAGUAUUCAUGCCAGGCUUUUUAUGGACCCCCAUGAACCAGACCUCCCUCCUCUCAGGUCCCCGGUGUGCUAUGUUAUUUCUAGCGAUGCCUCCGAAUGCAUUAUUAAAUCCACAUUAUGCUGAAUAAUUGAUAGAUUUAAAAGAUCUACAAGCACUUCCCUAACCCAGCGAGGGGGCUCUGUAGCAUAUGCAAAUUUCAUGACCAUCCCCAACACACACCUACGCCGCAAUCGCGCACGCUCACGCCGGCGUUGGCGGGUAAGAGCACCUUGUUCUCGCAUGCUUUCAGAGGAAAUGUGGCGCUUGUAAUCUUCCCUGAUGUGGCCUCAGAGGGCACCCUCCGAGCGUCUCUCCUCUGCAUAGGACAUUGUGUUUCCUCUGGUUCCUGCCGGCUGAGAGGAAGCGGGGCCAUCAGUGUUCCAGUGUCACGGCGUUUCCUCCUCUCAUGCUGCAGCGGCUAAGAAUAACCUCAGAGUAGAGUAGAUCACCGGCGUUUGAGCUUCCCGUAACAACAGAUCUGUUUUUAGGAGGAGGUUUCAGGGACUUUCCGCUCGAUUUGAACUCACCGCUAUCUCCUCUCCCCUCCUCACAGACAUGCCUGGAGCUGGAGAGGUACCUCCAGAGCGAGCCCUACGUCUCUGCCACCGACCUCAAGUUUGAGAACCAGGAGGAUCUGUGGAGCAAGCUGAUGCUGGCCUGCGGGGACAAGUCGAACGAGCAGGACCCAAAGAUCCCCCACAUCAAGGACGAGGAAGACAAUCAGGACAUCCAGCACCUGGACGCCGGCGGUUUCAACUCCGACGCCAGCAGCGAGGCCUCCGACAGCUCCGAGGAGCUCUCCCCGACCCUCGACUUCUCCUCCGGCUCUUUAAAUGACAUACUGGGAGACGCCGGCGAAGACCUGGGCUCGGCCAUCAGCAGCACGCCGCCGUCCUCUCCCGAGCUGGGCAAGGAGGGCUCUGUCGCCCAGGUGUGGAGCGGGAUACAGACUGUGCUGCACUCGCCGGGGAAAAUAAGGACUGGGGGGAUGGAGAGGUCAGGGAUGACCAGCGGGGAGGGGUCUCCGGACGGCAGGAGGCGGGUGCACAGGUGCGAGUUCAACGGAUGCAGGAAGGUGUACACCAAAAGCUCCCAUCUCAAAGCACACCAGCGCACGCACACAGGUAAGGAGGCACCACAGUGACGAGUUUGAGCUUCAGAUCAGAGAGGAGGAGGAGGUGGGGGUCAGGUACGGUGGCCCUGGAGGUCAAACACACAGACAGUUUAAAAAGAUGGACUGAAGGCAAAAACACUUAAUGUGUAAAUGUGUUCAAAUUUUCUAAAAAACUGAAAAAUGAAAAAGGAGUUCACACUAACGAGGCAAAGUCACGUUUUUAAAAAACUCAAUAAAAUAUGAGCCACAAAGAGCCUGUCACAUAUUACAGUCAAUAUUCAAAAUGUAAAAAACAAAUUAAAAAAAUUCAACAAAAACUAUAUUAAAUUUAAAAAAAACAAUUCUACAAAACCCCCCAAAAAUAUAUUUUUUUAAAAUUACAAAAACUAAAAAAAUGCCAGAAAAAAAGUAAGGAAAAUUUUGGAAAAUAAAAAAAAUAUAUUAAAAAUUUCCCCCAAAAGAUGUGAAAACCACAAAGAAAUUUGUAGAAUGUAAAAUUAUACUUUAAAAUUUAAAGAUUCUUUUAAAAGAUACCAAACUUUUUCAUGGGGUUUGAAAAAAUCUUUAAAAAAUGUCAUUUUUUGUAAAAACAUGAAAAUAUUCAAAAAAUUUAAAUAUAUAUGUACAUUAUCUUAUCCAAGAAAUUACUGCCCAAAACAUAAAAAAAUUAAAUAAAUGCAAAAAUUUUUUUUUUUAAUUCUAUUUUUUUUUAAAUAUGUCAAAAAGAUUGGAAAAAAAACUGAAAAUUUUACUCAAAAUAUUUCAUGCGAAAGAUAUUUCACUAACUGGAAAAUGACUUUAAGCUAACACUUAAUUUUUUUUUACAAUAAGUAAAUAUUAAGACACUAUGCUUACUAGUUAAAAUGGCCUAAAAAUGUUAGGAAAUGCCAAAAAAACAUCUUCCCAAACCACAAAUAUGUUACAUAACCUGAAAAAACUUAAAUAAAAUCAUUUUCAAAAAAUCCCAAAAGUUUGUUUUUUUUUAAGUAGGAACAAAAAGUUUUUAGUAUUUUGUCUUGAAAAUGUUUGUGUGGAAGUUUGAUCUUUUGGAAAGUGUUUAAAUGUGUGAGUAGUUGACCUCCUGGGCCUCCGUAGCCUUCCCUCACAGGUUCUCUAUAAUAAGAUGUUUUUGCAGUAGUUUUGUUUCAAACCUUCAAAAUAAGAGCGCGUCAAAGCUGCUCAGGUGUUGUUUUUGUGCUCUUGACGCUGAAGACCCUCCCACAUACUUUGAAUAGUUUGUCAGGAGGAAUGCCCUCAACUAUGACCUAAUUCACAUAGAAGAACGUGACUUCAUGCAGGGGGAAGGGAGAAUAGGAGAGAGAACAGGGAGGGAGGGACAGGAGGGGGAGGGAGGCUCCUUUGUGGCCGAGCAGCACCCAAAGGAUGUGGAUCCUGCAAACAAAUCAACAGUUCUCAGAUUUCACCCUGGGAAAACUCCGAGUCUCAGCCGCUCUCCGCUCACAACAAAAAAAAAAGAAAUUAUGGGAAUCUGACAUUUGCUGUGUUUGGUCCCGGGUUCAAAUGUGAGCAGUUUCCCCCGUGACCUCUGACCUCUGCCAAGCUGUGCUACCCAUUAGGAAGAAAAAAAAGUCACAUUCCUGGCAUCCUUGAGCCGUCCGUGUCGGCCACAUGGUUAAUGGCCCUCAGGAUCAUUAGGAACAGUCUCUAUUUUCUCCUGCAGCUCUCUCUCUCCCUCUCUCUCUCCCUCCAUUACAUAAGCCGUCUACUCCAGCGGCUCCUUACAGCUGCAUACCACAGCUCUCAAGACCCACAAGGCACGAGGUUGUUUUUCUCUUCAGCUCACAGCAGUCAGCCCAAUCUGCUUAGCCGAACUGGUUCAGGAUCCUGUUUCCCUGAAAUCAGCACAGUAAAGCCUCCCAAGAUUAGACAGAAGGACAAAUAUUGACUACAUAUGUAUGUGAGGGGUUGACUUUCAAAAUGUCAAAUAUUAUGAGGUCUAAAGAGUGUCGAGGAACUGGAACUGAGUCUGUUUCUGAACUUUGUCAAAUCGGGUUUAAUCACACUGAAUCUGACGACGGACUUCCCUGUCUGCGAAUCUAGAAAUCUAAAAGCCACAGUGACCUUUUGAGGUUAAAAACCGCACAGGCACCCCCCUGCAAACCGCUAAUUCUUUGCCAACCUUGUUUUCUGCGCAGGUGAGAAGCCCUACAGGUGUUCAUGGGAGGGCUGCGAGUGGCGCUUUGCACGAAGCGACGAACUCACCAGACACUUCAGGAAGCACACUGGAGCGAAGCCAUUCAAAUGCAGUCACUGCGACAGGUGAGUGUGCCGAUCUUUCUCAAACACGGAGCUGUGCGUGUUUGAUUUUACGGACGCAAGUUGAGGAAAAUUGAGCGCCAAGGAUGGGCUGAUGAAACCGGGUCGAGGUCAAAGGGUUCGGAGGAAUGAGAACUGCGAAUAAGUGGAGACCUCUGACACAGUGACAUAUUAUUAACGUGGUUCAUGUCGAGCAUAAGUAAACGGUUAGCUAGCUUAGGAUGUCCUCUUUCUAUCCGUUUUAAUAAAUGUUAGAUCACUACACUGCCAUCUAGUGGUCAAGAGAAUGUCCACAUUAUUGCCAAACAAAGUGAGAUUUCAGAGGGCCAUGGUUGUAAAUCGAUGAGUUUGGACCAUAGACUGUAUAAACUAUUGACGACUUGGUUCUGCCGUCCGCCAAAUUACGCAUUUGAAGCCGAAAAGUUCUCGGUAAUUCCGCGUUUUCUCUCCACUUCCUGAAACCAACAUUGCGCAGUAGCGUUGUACGCAUUCGGCGGGAGAAUCACAGAGAGUCGCUGUGAUGACGCUCGGCACAAACAGCGUAUCCCCUAGAUGAGCUAUGUAAUCUUCGUACGCCUAUAGGCUGUAUUUAUGACCUAUACUGCAGCCCGUCACCAGAGGGCGCUGUUCUCGGAGUGGCUUCACCCAGUGAGGAGGCAGACGGCGUCUGAUCUAUAUACAGUCCUCUUUUCGUUUAGGCCGAUUUCUAUCUGUUUUAAUAUAUAUUGUACCUUUAGAUAGCUACAGUGCCAUCUAGUGGUCUGGAGUUUGUCAACAGUAUCACCAAACAUAUCGGAAUGUUAGCACUCUAUGGUUGUAAAUCGAUGAGUUUGGACCUAAAGUGGGUUGUGAAGGUCUCUGCUGCGCCUUUAUUUUGGCGGGUUUGAUGUCGCACACUUGCAGUAAUACUGUAGUUCACUCUACCAACAAUAGGUGGCACCAUCGCAGCCUAACCUUGGUUUUAGAUUGGAAUAAGGAGGUGUUGGUGGGUCGCAAAAAGUGUCGCAAACACGUCACAUAUCGUGAGUUUUAUCGGCAGUGAUUUAUCGUCUGUUUCUAAAUGUCCCGUCUCUUCCCUCUCAGGUGUUUCUCUCGUUCGGACCACCUGGCACUUCACAUGAAGAGGCACAUCUAGGAUGGCCGGCGUGUCCAGAGCUCUGAGGGAUGAUUCUGGUUGAUUGUCCUGACCUGUGGGGGAUCAGCGAGGCCGGUGUGUCCUGGGAGCGUUAACAGGGGCACGGCCGUGUUCCAGUCAGUGGAAAAAGAUGAAGCAACGCAGGCUAUUAUUUGCACCAUACUUAGUGCCUCCAACACCUCGCUGUGGAGAUUUGCUCUUGAAAAGGCUUUGGAGGGAGAGACUUGGAAACAUCUGGGCUGGAGACGAUGGAAAGAGACUCUUCUGUAUGGUGUUCAACGCUUUUUUCCUGGAGGAUUACGGGAGUCCUGCGGUGGCGCCCUUCUUCCCUCCAAUGACAGUGUGUUUGCCUGUGCGCAUGGGGACUGUGAGUGCCUGCGACUGGAUGCCUGUGCUGGCUUUCUGGAGUGGAUGGAGCUUGCAUCGUGGAACUGCGAGUGAAUGACACAGAGAGGAUGAGGAUGAUGAUGAGGAUGAUGAUGGUGUCUUUUGGGCGGGGGGAUGCGUGUGGUCUCACUGGGAGUGAAUGCAAGCAUUAAAAAGGGGGUUGUGUUUGUGCUGUUUGGGUCUGUCGGCUGCGGCGUUUCCGGGGGGCGGGGAGAGAAACGGGGGUCGUUUUGAGGAGCGGAUUAGCUCGAGCGCGCCCGCGGAGGAACCGCAGCUCCACGCUCAAACAUGAGAGGUCGUUUUGUUUAGUGCAGCUAUUAAAUGUGCAAUGUAUUAUGUAGCCUGUCUCAAAACAUACAUGCUAUAAAGCUCAUUUUGUUGUCCAUUGUGUAAGCUCUGUAUCUAAAAAGUAAAAAAACAAAAACAAUGGUUGUACACAAAAACAGUUAUCGCCAUUAUAACAGACGUUGCAUGGGAUCUGGGGAUGUGUUGCUCACCUGUUUGCUUAUAGGACAACAAAAUUUCCAUUCGAGAGCAGCUACUUUCAUGUAUUAUCAUAGUAUUGUACAAAACACAUAAGGCAGUCAUUUUGUUUUUGACUCGUUUGUCGUUUUCUCGAUGAGUUGGGGAUACCACUAUUGCUCGGCAACUGUCUUGAUCAUGGGAUUUUUUGGUUUCCUUUUCCUUCUUCUUUCUUCUUCACUUUGGCUCUUUUCUCUGGUUUCUAUCUGUAAAUGCACUGUUAACCUUACUGAUGCCUUAUGUAAGUGGCCUUGUCCUGUUUAAUAGAUCCUUCUCUCACACACAGAAACACACCAAACAGAGGGGGGGGGCAGGGGCGGGGGGCUGCGAAUGCACUAGUGCGGUAAUGAAUUGCUUUACAAAAGGCUCCGAUCCAUACAGUCGCACCUUUUUGACUCCUCUACACUCCUAAAUAAUAAAGAAGAAAACAUAUAUCAGCUUCAGAACGACUGCCAUCUUGACAUCUUUGUGCAUUAUUUGUCGAAUCUAUCAUAUAUCGAAUCGCGUUCUCUGAAAAGACCCGGAAAUGUGGAGCACUUAGUAAUCUGUUAAAGUUUUACUACUAUGUAGUAUAAAGAGGCGUGGGCGUCUUGUGCUGUCUGAGGUACAGAGUCUUGGAAAUAUGUUCUCAUGAAAUGUGGCAUGCUCAGUCAAAUUGGGAUCAGCGGCAAACAAAACAUUGACAGUACACCGAGUCCGCUCGGAUCAGCUGAUGUGUCGGGAAGCUUCUAGUUUAAACAAUGACGACAUUCUCAGCCAUGAGUCUGUUUUCACCUGGUGUGUGUUUUGGCGAGUCUCGCCCUCGGGGUGAGUCAGUAUCUUUACUCAGUCCUGGUUUUAAACAACCCGUGAUCUGAAUAAACGGUACCGCAACCGGUCGGACCAGCUCAGCGAAGGCGCGCUGCAGGUCUAGAGGUUUCUGUCUGUGUCUGCGGGUGAACUGAGAGGAGACCUGAUCUGUGUCCAUCUCACUUUAUGCAUGUUUUUUACUUCAGUUACUGUACGCGACUUCAACGCACUCCGCCGUGGGUUGAUAUAACUCUCCACUCUCAUAUCGAUAUCCCUUUAGUUUUCACGAACUUCAUCACUUCUUUGUACGAUUGGAAAAAAUUCUGAGUGUCUUUUUUUUUUUUUGGUUGGAAAGUUAAAACAGAUGGCAGCGUCGGAGUGUUUCCUCACGAUUUAACCGAAAGGAAGCACAGCGGCCCGAGGAUAGCGCCUUGUGGAACUCCGUAGCUAAUGUCGAGGUCAGACUGCAGAGGAGGCAAAUUACAGAGCCAUAAAUUCUUACCAUGACUUGACGAACAGAGGCGUCCGACUAAUUGGAGUCUUACAGAAAUCUGAUUAUAUUCAUGUUCGGAAAAGCCGACUAGCGGACUAAACUUAGCCUUCGGUUUGCUAGUUUGUGCCCGUCCCACAUAUCAUCAAAAACUAAUGAGCUAAAUACACCAUUCAGACCAAAUCUGGUUUUUGAACCCGGCUGUAUUCGUGUUUAAUUCGUCUGUAAAGAUCGGCGUCUUUGAAUGGGUGUGUAUGUGGCUUCUCUGCUUUUGGAGCCACCCUCUAGUGGACGCUAAAGGUACUGCAGUUUUAGCACUUCCUCAUUGGCAUUUCAACUCGGACAGAAAACAUAAUAAAAAAACAGAAACAAAUCUUCAACACUCUUGUUCGUGUAAAUUUCAGCCAGACUGUGCUAUCGUCAUGUAGUCUGACCUCGGCCUACGGCGUGUUUUACAGGAUCAAUCUCGCUGACAGUUUUACUUUAACAACUUUACAGUAAACCGAGGUCAUCGUAAAAUGACAUCCAAACACUGAGAAAUGACGAACUUGCCGAAAAAUGUACAUUUUAAAAGAGAAUUUUGUAAGGAAGCUUCUAUUUUGAAAGGGUAUGGGACCAAAAACAAGUGCGGUGUGUUGUUUCUAAAGAGAAGAGGCUGAAGAAUUAUUGUAAAAUAAUCAAACUCUCCUUUCAGCUCCAUUUGCUUCUGUAACAUCUUUGUUUUUUUUCCGUUUGUUUGUUUUUUAAUUUGAUCCGAGGAAGGUUGAGCAAAUGUUUGUUCGAAAAAAAAGGCAUCAACUGCGUACACACACCUGUGGCCUAUCAUCUUUCAAGAAAACAAAAACAACAACUUUAAAAAAAAAACACAAAAAAAAUACUUUUCAGACGUGAAUUGUUCUGGACACUUGAAUUGUCUUUUUUUUUUCAUUUUGGUGCCCGUUAAGUAUUAGUUUUUUGUUUUUUAUUUGCCAUGUGAUUCUUUUUCUGGAUUUUUCAAAGACCUGCGAAGACACCCUAUCUUUAGCUAAAGAAUCUUUAUUGGAUAAACACGGAGAUAAAAAUAUGAGGCUCUAUUUUUAUUUGUUUUACCUUGCAUAACAAGAUUUUUUCAUUUGAAAUUGUUUUGUAAAAUAGUUUCUGUAUGAAUGUAUUUUUUAUUGGAAAAUGGAUAAAAAAGAAUUUAUUGGAUCUACA